UAAGAGAGGAGAGUGAUGGGGAUAGAAGAAGAGAGUGGGGCGUCGCUGCCCGGCGGGCAGGACGGGAAGAAAAGAAGAGUUACGUACUUCUACGAACCCAGCAUCGGAGACUACUACUACGGUCAGGGUCACCCAAUGAAGCCACACCGAAUCCGGAUGGCUCACAACCUCAUCGUUCACUACUCCCUCCACCGCCGCAUGGAGAUCAACCGCCCUUUCCCCGCCGCCCCCGACGAUAUCAGGCGUUUUCACUCCGAUGACUACGUCGACUUCCUCGCCUCCGUCUCCCCCGACACCCUCGCUGACCCCGCCUUCUCCCGCCACCUCAAGCGCUUCAACGUCGGGGAGGACUGUCCUGUUUUCGAUGGAUUGUUCCCCUUCUGCCAGGCCUCCGCCGGCGGCUCUAUCGGCGCCGCCGUCAAGCUCAACCGCCAGGACGCUGAUAUCGCUGUCAAUUGGGCUGGUGGCCUCCACCAUGCUAAGAAGUCCGAAGCCUCUGGAUUCUGUUACGUCAACGACAUUGUCCUCGGUAUUCUCGAGCUUCUCAAAUAUCACAGGCGUGUAUUGUAUGUUGAUAUUGAUGUUCACCAUGGUGAUGGUGUUGAGGAGGCCUUUUAUACAACUGAUAGGGUAAUGACGGUGUCUUUUCACAAGUUUGGGGACUUUUUCCCUGGGACUGGACACAUUAAAGACGUUGGUGUUGGCUCAGGAAAGAAUUAUGCUAUCAAUGUCCCGUUAAAUGAUGGAAUGGAUGAUGAGAGUUUCCGGGCUCUGUUUCGACCUAUCAUUCAAAAAGUCAUGGAAGUUUAUCAACCUGAUGCCGUCGUUCUUCAAUGUGGAGCUGAUUCUUUGUCUGGCGACAGGUUGGGUUGCUUCAAUUUGUCUGUGAAAGGUCAUGCAGAUUGCCUUCGCUUCCUUAGAUCUUUCAAUGUUCCUCUAAUGGUGUUGGGUGGGGGAGGAUAUACAAUUCGGAACGUUGCUCGUUGUUGGUGUUAUGAGACAGCAGUCGCAGUAGGAGUGGAGCCUGAUAAUAAGUUACCUUAUAAUGAAUAUUAUGAGUAUUUUGGCCCAGAUUAUACUCUUCAUGUGGAUCCAAGCAACAUGGAGAAUCUAAACACGGCCAAGGAUAUGGAAAAAAUAAGGAACACACUACUAGAACAGAUUUCCAGGCUUCCACAUGCUCCCAGUGUUCCUUUUCAGACAACACCAUCAACCAUACCAGUUCCAGAAGUGGCAGAAGAGGACAUGGAGAGAAGACCAAAACCUCGCAUAUGGAGUGGUGAUGAUUAUGAUUCUGAUCAUGAUGAAGACGAAAAGGCUAAUAUAAAGUCCUCAAACUUAAAUGACUAUAUGAGCAGGGAUGUUACAGAUGAUAUGGAAGAGGAGAAACCGGUGCCUCCACCACAUGGAUGCUGCUGAUACAUAGAAAAGAGCCUAUUGUACCAACAUGUUUAUAUUGUAUGAACGUGAAUGAUGGCAAUUAGGGGUGGAGGCCAUUACUGUGAGUUACAUGAUUGCAAUAGCAACUCUUGAUAAAGCGAAUAGUAGUAUUUAUCAUUGAUGACAUUGUGCAGAUAUAUUUUUUUGCUUUAGUCUGCUUGGUGGUAAUUUUGGCCCCUUUGGGUCAUAAAAUGAGGUUCCCGUAUAAUUGCUUAAAUACCCUGUUUCUAAUUUUGUAUAUUUACAACGAGGUAGCCGGUCAUUUUGAGUACAAUGCUUAGAAAAUGUUUCCUUGUAGCAU